GAAAGCACUAGAAGCCCUCCCUCCGUCUCUCUAAAAUUUCUCUCAAUCCAACUCAAUCACAGACUUUCUCUCCCUCCCAUUCUCACAUGAAUCUCUAGCUAGGGUUAGGUUUAGGGUAGGGUUAGGGUUUCGGAUCUCGAGUCAAAUACGGCGUUCGAUUAGAUCUCGCGAAAAUCUCGGCUCUUUCCUUUGCUUGGAAAGAGAUGACGACAGGCCGCUGGCUCUGUUGUUUAUUGGUGGCGUUUGGAUUUAUCUUCACAGCAAUCGACGCCAGUGCUGGCGAUGCCGAUUCCCUUUACAGAAAAUGUGUCAAACAAUGUGAGGAGACAGGAUCCAUUGGGGAUAUCUCCAUCCAGCAUUGCCAGUUCUUAGAUGAGACUGUCAACAGUUCUUGGUAUAUGCAAGAGCCACUGUACAUGCAGUGGAAACAAUUAAACUGCAGGAGCGACUGCCGUUACUAUUGCAUGAUACAAAGAGAAAGUGAGAGGGAAAAACUAGGUCUGAAGCCUGUGCAGUAUCAUGGGAAAUGGCCUUUCAAGCGUGUCCAUGUCUUCCAGGAACCUGUUUCUGCUGCCCUUUCUGCACUCAAUCUAAUAAUGCAUUUCAAUGGCUGGUUGUCUUUCUUCCUGUUGGUAAAUUACAAGUUGCCUCUUAGACCUCAAAGUAAGAGGACAUACUAUGAAUAUACCGGAUUGUGGCAUAUAUAUGGGUUGUUAUCGAUGAACGCGUGGUUCUGGAGUGCUAUAUUCCAUACUAGAGAUUUUGAUUUGACUGAGAAGCUAGAUUAUUCUUCAGCUGUGGCUUUACUGGGAUACUCCUUCAUUCUGGCUUUAUUGCGAACUUUUAAUGUGAAGGAUGAGGCCUCAAGAGUCAUGUUUGCAGCCCCCAUCUUAGCCUUUGUGACGACGCACAUACUAUAUCUCAACUUUUACCAACUUGACUAUGGAUGGAACAUGAAGGUCUGUAUUGUACUGGCUAUUGGUCAGCUCCUCUUGUGGGCAAUUUGGGCUGGCAUAUCUCGUCACCCAUCACGGUUCAAACUAUGGACAGUUGUGUUUGGUGGGGCCCUAGCUAUGCUUCUCGAGAUUUAUGAUUUUCCUCCUUACCAUGGAUAUGUUGAUGCCCAUGCACUUUGGCAUGCUGCCACCAUUCCUCUCACAUAUCUCUGGUGGAGCUUCAUCAAGUCCGAUGCUGAAUUCCGGACUGCAUCUCUCAUCAAGAAAGCAAAGUGAGAGUAAUAGUAGCAGAUAGUGGGGAUGUUCAUCGUCAUCAUCAUCAUCCCACAAUACUAACAGAUUAGGUUACAUGUGCACUUGUGGUUUUAAUGCCAAACUUCUGGAUUCAAGUUAUUCAUUCAUUCUGUACCUUAUGAAGCUAGUUUGUUUGUUGUUUUUUUUUUUCCUUCUGUUGAGGUUAAUUUUGUACAAGUGACUGUUUUAAACUGUUGAUCUCGUUGAUUUCCGAGUUGAAGAACUUGUAAGCGUGGUGACAAUAUUCUAUAGGCUGUAGAAAUUUAUUGAUGAGUCAUUGUGUA